GGCGGCGGCGCGGCGGCGGCGGCUGCUCUCUCCGGCGGCGGCGUCUCUUUGUCUGUCGGCGGAGGAGGGCGGCCGGGGGCGCAGGCGCAGUUUAACGUGACCGCUGACCUGCGCUUCUGUCUGGCCUCCUCAGAGAGCCGCCUGCAUGCCGUUGCCUCCUCAUGGUAACGGGGGGUGUCCAGAGGGCACCAUGUCGGAUCUCAUGAUCAACCUGGAGACGGCAGUCCUUCAGCCCUGUGCCAAAAAGGGCUCCGAGGGCAGCAAGAGGCACCAGCGCUUUGUCCAGCGACGCCACUUCCUGGAGAGGAAAGGCUUCUUGAAGCAGAAGCAGUUGCCGGUGCAGCCGUCCCUGCCCAAGCGGGAUGCCUCCCGCGGGCGCCCAGGGCUGGAGGAGGAGGGGGGCAAGAAGAGGCCGAAGGUGGGCAAGCCCCUGGCUGCCAGUGGCCGGGCUGGUGGCGCGCCUCCGCGGGAAGAUGGGGCAGCCCACCGGCCGGAAGCCCAGCCCAAGCAGAACGCCAGCCGGGGUUCAAGCUCCCAGGCUGCCCCCCCUGCUGGGGCCCCCCCUGCUGCAUCGAGUAAAACGGGGAGCAGCUUGCCGGGGCGGAACGGGACCCUGGCAAACUGCAGCAGCUGGAGGGACGUUCCCAGGGUCAGCUUGCUGAGUGAAUACGAGAGCGGCCUGCCCUCGGCCCCGGCCCCGGGCAAGUGCAGCAAAGCGGUGGCCAUCGACUGUGAGAUGGUGGGCACGGGGCCUGGCGGGCGGACCAGCGACCUGGCCCGGUGCAGCGUGGUCAGCUAUGACGGCGACGUGGUCUACGACAAAUACGUCCGGCCCCUCAGCCCCAUCACCAAUUACCGGACCCGGUGGAGCGGCAUCCGGAGGCAUCAUAUGAAGAACGCGGUCCCCUUCAAGGUGGCCCAGAAGGAGAUUCUGAAGCUCCUUUGUGGGAAGGUGGUGGUGGGCCACGCCAUCCACAACGACUUCAAGGCCCUCAAGUACUUCCACCCCAAGUACUUGACCAGGGACACGUCCAAGAUCCCUCUGCUCAAUCGCAAGGCCGGCUUCCCGGAGAACGAGGCGGCCUCCCUGAAGCGCCUCACCAAGCAGCUCCUCCACAGAGACAUCCAGGUGGGCCAGAACGGCCACUCCUCAGUCGAAGACGCCCGCGCCACCAUGGAGCUGUACAAGGUGAUCGAGGCGGAGUGGGAGAGGCACCUGGCCACCUCCCCAGCUCAGGACUGACCCUUCCGGGCGCCCCGGCGGACUUUGGCCACGGAGCGACUGGGCCGGGAGAGCUAGAGCGAGGGCCCGGGACCCCCAGGAGCGCUUUGGACGAGGGCCGGGGGGCGGGCAGGUGCGUGGAAAAGAACGGGCGGGGUCGGCGUCCAUUACAUCGUUUCCAGCGGAGGCCCGCGUGUCGGUGUGUUCCUGGCUCCCCAGCCUGGUGCUGCCCCCUCCCUCUCGGCUUAAGGCUGGGCUGGCUCAGGGGAGACUCCCCGCCCCCACAGCUGGAAGUUUCACUGCCCCUGGAGGGGCGACAAUGGUGCUAUCAGCUCUCUAGCAGCUGGCCUCCUUCUGCCCUGGGUCCUGUCCGGGCUCAGCCUCCUUCUCUCCCAGGGCGGGGGGAGCAGAGCUGCGUGACCCCAGGGCUCGGCCGGGGCCUCUGCCAAACGCUCGUUGCUUCUCUGGCGCGGUUCCUCCUUCCCUCUGCCUGUGCCGCAGGGCCUCUUCAGCCUGACCUGGCCUUUGGCCUCGCCAGCCCACACAGGCACGGAGCAGCCCUUGGGCACAGGGGC